AUGGGAAACAGUGAGGAAGGGGAGUCUGUUAAGCCCGAGAAAUCAUUGUCACCUGCAACGGACCAGAAUAAUGUUCACAUGUACCCUGAUUGGGCAACAAUGCAGGCAUAUUAUGGUCCCCGAUUCGCUGUACCACCAUAUUUCAACUCUGCUGUUGCUGCUGGUCAUGCUCAACCUAUGUAUAUGUGGGGACUACCACAGUCUAUGAUGAAACCUUAUGGGGCUCCAUAUGCGGCAUUCUAUGCUCAUGGAGGAGUUAAUGCACAUCCUGGAGUUCCCCUAGCUGGUACAUCUUUCAGCACGGACACACGGGCGAAGUCUUCUGGUAACAUGGAUGGAGGCAUGGUGCAAAAAUUGAAAGAAUUUGAUGGGCUUGCAUUCUCAAUUGGCAAUGGCCACAUGGAAAGUGCUGAAGGUCAAGUUGAUCAGAGAGCCUCACGGAGUGAGGAGACUGAAGGUUCUAGUGAUGAGAGCAACGGAAUUACAGCUGGGGCUGGUCAGAAUGGAAAGAAAAGAAGCCGGGAUGGAAGUCCUAACAACAAUGGAAAGAUUCAGACACAAAGCAGUAUGAUUCCCAGCACAGAAGUUCAAUGUUCUGAGAAAACCAUGGAUGCGAUUGUGACUGCAGUUGAUGCAUCUGAACAAUUGAUAGGAAACGUUACUACAGCAUUGGAGCUGAAAAAUACUUGUAACACAAAUGUGAAGCCCAAAUCAACUAGUGUUCCACAAUCUUGUCCACCAAUGCUGAAUGAAGCCUGUGUGCAGAAUUAUCGAGAGAUGAAACGGGAAAGGAGGAAACAGUCUAACCGGGAAUCUGCAAGAAGAUCUCGACUGAGGAAACAGGCUGAGACCGAAGAACUAGCUAUGAGAGUAAAUGCACUAACUUCCGAGAAUCUGACUCUUGAGUCAGAGGUAAAUAAAUUGAAGGAGAGUUCAAAGAAACUGAAGCUUGAAAAUGCUACAUUAAUGGAGAAACUGAAAAAUGCACAACUCGGACAAUCAGAUGAUGCAAGUCUAUAUGAAAUUGAUGACUUAAGGAUGAAACCGAUUGGCACAGUCAACCUACUGGCAAGAGUUAACAACUCGGGUUCUGUUGACGUAAAGGAUGAGGAAAAUGACACGUAUGAGAAAAAAAGCCCCAGAGCAAAGCUUCACCAACUUCUGGAUACAAGCCCCAGGACUGAUGCUGUGGCUGCUCGUUGA